AUGGAUGAACAUGAUCACGAGGGUAAUGAAACCGGCGAAAGAAAGAAUUAUAUAAUAUACCUCAAAGAUUCAAGAGAAGCUUUAAUCAAAGGCGGGUUGAAAGACCGUUUGAAAGAAGGGAACUUGGUAAGUUUUGUCAUCCCGUUGAUGUGAAGUUCAAUUAUUUUUAGAUUGCGUUAAUUGUUGCCGAUGAAGAAGACAAAACAUAUAUUCUGUGUCGUCAAGGUUUCAAACGUAUGCGUAAACAUCAACAAGGUCAAACAACUCUGGGGGCAUGGGUGGAGCUGGAAGCUUAUGAAACCGAAGGAAAAAGACGUCUUCAAUUGGUGUUUGCAUACUACAAUUUGUUGCCAACGCGGGUCACUAUUUCCGGGGUUAUAUAUAUCUACGUCUUUUUGGAAAAGAGAGAUGGGACAUUCUUUAAUGAAUAUAUCGGUCCAGUCUCGGACAAAAAUUGUUUGAUCCCCCCAUGUGUCGAAUGCGCGGCAGCUGAAGUGAAAGUUGCAGGAUAUCGCCAUAAACCUUUGGUUGUCAAAUAUCAUGGAUCUGUUCGCAUUCCGAAUGAAGUUCUUCCGGAAGAUGUAUGUUUUUUAAAAGUUUAUGAAUUCUGAUUUUAGUUAAGGUACCAGAUUCCGGAAGACGAUGAAUUGGGGGCUCUGCCAAUUAAUGGUACUGAAAAGACUUUGAAAGUCCUUGUUGGAGAUGAACAGUAUAAAUUUUUAAUGACAGAACACCAACGACGAAACAGACUUGCGAAAGCACAAGCAGACCGCCGAGAUCAAGAAAGACACUUCCCAACGAUGGUCAUGAAUGUAGGAGUUUAAUUUUAAUUAUUUUUUGUUUAGAGGGACGAUCUCCCAGACAGAUUCAAGGCAAAUAUUAACUUUUCUCGCGACGACAAUGAAUGUCGGGAAAACUGUGACGCGCAGGCAUUAUGUCGGCCGCAAGGAACUCAAACGCCGUCCCAGCAAAACGUUUCUAUAUCUGAUUCUAAUUUUAAACAAAAGCCCUCGAGGUGCUCGAAUGGCCUGCCGACUGUUCUCAUUACGAGUAAGCUUUCUGCAUGAAACGCUAACUUUUUUAUUAGAUGUGGGAUUCGAAUUGGGAUCGAGUCUUGCCAGGAAAUACCUCGAGAAUAACUACAAUGUCGUCCUUCACAAUUGCGGGUCGGAUGUAGAGGACGUAAGUUUUUUAGUAGAGAAAACGCAAACUUGUUGUUUAGGAUGUCAAAAAGAGUCUGAUUCAACAAGUCACCGACCGGCUACAUGUAGUUUCCUUUGAUCUGUUGAAGUUGGAUGAAGUCAGGAAAUGUUUGGAAGAGAAGAAAGAAAUAUUUGGCCAUAUUGACGUGCUUAUUCACAUUGCCAUGGCAAAAUGUCUCGAUCUAUGCGAGGAAAAAGAUUACAAUCUAAACAAAUUCUUGAUGGAACAGAAUGUGAAUAGGUAAGUUAUGUUCCCAUUUACAUUUAUUCUUUAGUACUCGUAACUUGUUUAUUGCUAUGAAACUACUCUCCUUCCAUACUUGCAAAACAGAAGUCGCUGUGGUCACAAACCUGGAGCCAGAUGAAGCGUUGGCGGUCCCAGAGACUGUCAGGAACGUAGAGAGGUGGCUCGAAUACAUUGUUCAUGGUUUUAAACAGAUAUUCAAAGGCGCGGUUACCGUAACGUAUGUUGAUUGCAAAAUUUAUCCUGCUUGCUUUUUUAAUUGUUCACAUUGUUGUUUCAGGCGACAAAACUUAACCUACUUACAUGGAAAAGCCGAUGAUUCGGAGUCCCGUCCUCAUAUUAGACAUCUCUCACAUGUUCUCAAAUCUCAAUUAAGAGAUCUCUAA